AUGGCUGCCAAUCGGGUACUCGUUUACGGAGGAAGAGGCGCGCUAGGUAGCAAAAUUGUUCAGCACUUCAAAUCUAAAGGAUGGGUGAGUAGCGUGCUAUAGUUCAUAAAAAAUAAAGAAAGAAUACAUAUAGAAUACAAAUACGAAAUAUUGUGCGCUGUUGAGUAGAUGAUAUGGUAAGAAGCAAGGAAAAGGACAUUAAACCAUAUGAAAUUGUCACCAUCAAGACGUUUGAAUGUUGAACGAUGCCAGCCCAGAACUAUCAGAAAACAUAUAAUCACUUGCAUCUUGAAUAAAUAGCCUACUUUGCAGGAUAGUUCGAUACCAUCAUCCUAUUUUCGAUGUUUUCUUUAUUUUCCAACAAUAGUGGGUAGCCAGCAUCGAUAUCGUUGCCAAUGAGGAGGCAAACGCGAACGUACUGGUGAAGUUAUCCGAGUCAUUUACAGAGCAAGCGGGACAGGUAAGGAGGAGCGCGCUUUCACGUGCUCUCCCUGUGAUGUUGACAGUUUUGACUUAGUGAAUGAUCCGAUGUCAAGCGAAACGAUAAUUGACUUUCCAUUUGCAAAACGCUGGAUAAUUACAGUAAUUUCUAUUCCACGAUCAAAAACUCGACUCGAUGGUUAUGAUCGUGCAUAGGCCUAUAGGGGGCUAUUCUAUUCAUUGCCAUAUUGAAGUUGUCUUUUUAAAUGCAAGAUUAAAUUGAUUUCUUCGUUAUUGUGGGAGCUAGAUGGGAACAAAAUUGUAAACACAGGAAGUGGUGACAUUCCAAAUGAUAAAAAAAAUAUAUAUUAGCAAAACAGCCAGAGUCUUGCCCUUUUUUAUAAUGGACUGUUUUCUCUUGCUGCAGGUGACAGCAGAUGUGGCCCAGUUGCUAGGGGACCAGAAAGUGGAUGCCAUCUUGUGUGUGGCAGGUGGUUGGGCAGGAGGAAAUUGCAGCUCAAAAGGUCAGAGUUCAACAGCAUUUUCCUGAGAUAUCAUCAGUUAAUUUUGAACACACUGUGAUAUGAAUGCUUUAAAACCAAUUUCCCCUUAGGCUGAAUUCUCAUCAGGAAUUCAAUAGGGAUGUUUGUUUGUGCCAUUGUACAGUGUUCUAUUUAAUUAUAUGUUCGUUCAUUAUUACAAUGUUGCUCCUCAAACAAAAUGUUAUCUUAUGGAUGUCUUUUUUAGACUUGUACAAAAACACAGAUAUGAUGUGGAAGCAGAGUGUGUGGACCUCUACCAUCUCUAGCCACCUGGCUGCUGUGCACCUGAAGCAAGGGGGACUGCUGACUUUGGCUGGGGCUAAAGCAUCACUGGGUGGCACUAGUGGUAAGAUACCACAUACCUCUAAUCUCUACUGGUAUUCUAUUCUACUGCUGUUCUAAAAUAUUCUACUGGUAUUCUAAUUUAUUCUACUAUGCAUUCUAUUACUUUAUCCUGUAAUGUUGUCAUGUUGACUCUGUUAGAUUGUGCCUCUGUUCUGACCACCGUUUAAUUCCUACUUUAAUGUUUGAGGGACUUUGGCUUACAUCUACUGUCGUCACCAUUUAAGCAGCCAAAACAAAUAGCAGCUUAUGUCAUCAAACACUUUGUAAAACAUGUAACCCGUGGGUACAAAUAAGCCUAUGACAUAGGAACUAAAAUAUGAGUAACAUGUUUAAUGUGAUAUACAUAGUGAUAUUUCAUGAUGUCGGACAAUAAUGAGGACAGAAAUUGUUACUAUGUUUUUUCACACAAUGCUGUCUGAUAUUUUAGACCAUGUAUGCAUGUGAUGGUACCUAUAGGACCAAGCACUCAUGCCAUUCCCUGUGUGGUGUGUUACCCAUGUGAUGGCCCUGACAACAAUACAAAUCCUGACACUAGGGCACCUAAAAUCCCUGAUUAGCAGUCGCUACAAAGCGCCCGCUCUCAUUGGCUGUCGGAUUGGGGAGGCGAAUGAGUCAGCAGAAUUUGGGUCUCUCCACGUGGUUAGAGUGUGCUGUGCUGUUCUCCUAUUGCAAUGUAGCUUACUGUAGCAUCUAGUGCUAAACUAGACACAGGCCAGGAAAUCGUAGAGAUUUCCCUGAGGGGGGUUGGUUUAAAAUGACUAUUUUGACAGUUGUAUGUCUAAUAUUAUUUGGGGAUGUUUUCUAUAGUUUAACUCUUGUCUCUGUGUUUAAAAAAUAAUAAUACGAACAAGGUUUUGAUAUUGAAGAACGUAUGCCUAUAUUUGUUUUAAUUAAAAAAGUAUCUACAGUAUUUCCCCUCAGGUAAUGUUCAGAGCUGCCUUUAUGUGAAGUGUGUGAGUUUUAGAAAGACAUCUUUAAAACUACCUUUCAUUUUAUAAUGUAGGUAAAGCAUUUCCCCCAUACCUUAUCAAACAUUGAUUGCCUUAGGCCUAAUCAAAAUACAAAUGCUCUGUACUAUUGACAAAAAAACAAGACAGUGGAAGACCGUAGUAGUGCUUAAAGAUUGCAUGUGUUUAGGGGUUAUUUGUGCUUAUAUUCAAACUUUAUAUUAGCUUUAAUACUUAAGCGCUUUACCAGCUAAUUGUGUGUCUGAUUUACUGAGUUCCCAAUAUUGAUAUACUACCUUUGGGCAGUUUGGUGUCCAGUGGUGUCUUAGUCUUACAAAGCCAGACACAGACUAAGAGUAAGCUACAUUGUAGACAUUCCAUUGUGGACUGAAAGAUUAAGGGUUGAUUUGGGGUUAAAGACUGAGGUUAGUUAACCAUGUGAGCACCCUAUGACCCUUACCCUUCACCCUAGAUUUAAAAGUCAGGUUGAACUGUAAAAUAACAUUGAUUUAACUUUGGGUGAUUCAGCAUGCAAGUCUGUUAAUCCUGUUUGGGGAAAUGGAUUCUAAACACACUUCCUAUAAACCAUCCUAACGCAGUUUGGAGCACAUCUAUGUAAACAAAUACAACUGACAGUCUCUCCCCAACCAAAGACUGUGUUCCAUUGAGAAAUAUGUUCCACUUCAGUUUAGUAGGACAGUAUCUUGGAGAGAGAACAAUAAUUUAAGAAAGAGCUAACGCUCCACCCCUUUCUCUCAUUGGUCCAUUCUUCAAAGGUAGCUGUGGCAUGCCUCUGCCAUUUAUUUGAGUGUGGGGAGAGCAUAUUACAUUCUUCAAAGAAGCGUUUCUAAGUGGAAAAUGCUGCUUAUUGUUUCCAGAUGCUCCAAACACAAACAUUGAUGGGAAGUCAAAAGCAUGCCUGUGGAACAAGCAGUCAUCUCUCAAUACAACUGUAAUGGGCAAAGUUUGGGAACCAAAAGCACCCAGAAUAUUUGUCUAUAGUAUAUGAACAGGAAAUGUGUAGUCAGCUGGUGACUUCAAAAUAUACUAUGUUUGUAAUAUCACAUCUAUUACUUUGUAACACUUAUUGUGUAUAUUUCAUGUCCCAUGUUAUAAUAGUAAGAUUUAUUGGUGUGUUUUCUCUGCUUAUCUGAUUUGGCUGUUGUAUAAAUGACAACUCACCUAUCCACCCAUCUCUCCUAUAUCACCCUCCCCCUCUUCAUCCCUCCGUCUUUCUCUCCCUCAGGCAUGGUGGGCUAUGGCAUGGCCAAAGCAGCAGUCCACCAGCUCUGUCAGAGUCUAGCCGGAGAAGACAGUGGGAUGCCCCCUGGAGCUGUGGCUCUAGCCAUACUACCGUGAGUAAUCAUAUUGCCUGCCAAGUUUAUUGACUAAUUAGGAAUAGGAAAACCCUGCACUCAUUAGAAAGUCAUUAGGAGUUUAAUUUAUUUGCAGAAACAGAGGUCAAAGGGCAAAUAACGAAUAGAAGGAAGGAAAUAGGAAACAGUUGUAGGUGUAAUUGACCUCCUUAAUGUCUGGGAGGAUCGAAGGGGGUUGCCUGUGCUGAAGGAGGAAGACUCCCUCAGUCACUCUUGUGUUCACCUCAUGAGCAGCUAUCUGUAUACACUGUUUCAUUGAUUAACUGAUGCAUGUAAAGCACUUUUUUGCAAUGUCACCAUGAGAAGCCUGUAUCUGAGUUUUAUUGUCAAUAAUCUCAGGGCUCUGUUAUGGUACAUUCCAAUUACAUGAGGUUGGACUGAGGCCACCUGCCAGGCUACUACUAGCUGUCACAUAUGGUUAGCAUUACCCCCAUGACUUGCAGUUCUUCUGCACUACCAAUAAGAAUAGGGGGAGGGUUGCUUUAUUCACUGCAACUGUGCACAUUCAAACAUGCAACUAAUACAACAGAUAUCUAAAAUCAUAUUUCAAUAUAUGCAAGUAUUUAUGUAGCAAUUAUCAUGCUCAUCUCAAAAUAUAACAGUGAAAGUCCUUCAUCAAAGAGGUUGUUGGAUGCUUUCUGGCUGUAAAUAAGACAAUAGAGAUAUCAUCUCUACGCUUUAGCUUUGCUUUUGUGUUUUAAUCUGUAGACAAGGGGCUUACAUGGAGCUGUUAAAAUCAGUCCAGGGCCAGAUCCUCAGGCCUCAGGCAGUCAGUUCCUACCACCGCCAGAUCACUAUCAUGUGACUUCAUUACACAGGGUAACCUUGGAUACGCCGAUGAACAGGCAGUUCAUGCCUGAUGCAGACUUUGGUUCCUGGACACCACUGGAGUACAUUUCAGAGUGAGUGUGAUAUAGUAGAUGAUGGGUUGUUUACAUUACUGUGUGUUUUAACUGAUAUUUAGUUGAUCUUGAACUUUAAAAUUAAAUGUACCAUAUAUUUAUGCUCAAAGACCAUCAUUAGAUGGAUUCCAGGGUCUUGAUCAAUGUAUGACUAUUAUUUAUAAUUAUAGACAAUCUUUUUCUUUUUAAGAAAAUUGGUGUAUACCAGUAUUUCACCAGAAGAUGGCAAUGCUGGAAAAUAGCCUAUUCUAUUCUAUUGUUAAAAUCAACACCUUGCCAAAAGAUAUCUGGAGCCAAAUGUCUGGUUUGAAUAAUACUGUAAUGUGAUGAAAAUAUUAAUUUAAUGGACAUACACUACCGUUCAAAAGUUUGGGGUCACUUAGAAAUGUCCUUGUUUUCGAAAGAAAAGCAAUUUUUUUGUCCAUUAAAAUAACAUCAAAUUGAUCAGAAAUAUAGUGUAGACAUUGUUAAUGUUGUAAAUGGCUAUUGUAGCUGGAAACGGCUGAUUCUUUAGGCGUACAGAGGCCCAUUAUCAGCAACCAUCAGUCCUGUGUUCCAAUGGCACGUUGUGUUUGCUAAUCCAAGUUCAUAAUUUUUAAAAGGCUAAUUGAUCAUUAGAAAACCCAUUUGCAAUUAUGUUAGCACAGCUGAAAACUGUUGUGCUGAUUAAAAAAGCAAUAAAACUGGCCUUCUUGAGAUUAGUUGAUAAUCUGGAGCAUCAGCAAUUGUGGGUUCGAUUACAGCAUCAAAAUGGCCAGAAACAAAUAACUUUCUUCUGAAACUCGUUAGUCUAUUCUUGUUCUGAGAAAUUAAGGCUAUUCCAUGCGAGAAAUUGCCAAGAAACUGAAGAUCUCGUACAAUGCUGUGUACUACUCCCUUCACAAAACAGCGCAAACGGGCUCUAACCGAAUAGAAAGAGGAUUGGUAGGCCCUGGUACACAACUGAGCAAGAGAACAAAUACAUUAGAGGGUCUAGUUUGAGAUACAGAUGCCUCACAGGACCUCAACUGGCAGCUUCAUUAAGUUGAGGACAUGUGGGAGGCCCCGGUGCAAAACUCCGGGAUACUGACCUUCUAGGCAGAGUUGCAAAGAAAAAGCCAUACAGUGAGGGAAAAAAUUAUUUUAUCCCCUGCUGAUUUUGUACGUUUGCCCACAGACAAAGACAUGAUCAGUCUAUAAUUUUAAUGGUAGGUUUAUUUGAACAGUGAGAGACAGAAUAACAACAACAAAAUCCAGAAAAACGCAUGUCAAAAAUGUUAUGAAUUGAUUUGUAUUUUAAUGAGGGAAAUAAGUAUUUGACCCCUCUGCAAAACAUGACUUAGUACUUGGUGGCAAAACCCUUGUUGGCAAUCACAGAGGUCAGACGUUUCUUGUAGUUGGCCACCAGGUUUGCACACAUCUCAGGAGGGAUUUUGUUCCACUCCUCUUUGCAGAUCUUCUCCAAGUCAUUAAGGUUUCGAGGCUGACGUUUAGCAACUCGAACCUUCAGCUCCCUCCACAGAUUUUCUAUGGGAUUAAGGUCUGGAGACUGGCUAGGCCACUCCAGGAGCUUAAUGUGCUUCUUCUUGAGCCACUCCUUUGCUGGAAUACCCAUCCACGACCCAUUUUCAAUGACCUGGCUGAGGGAAGGAGGUUCUCACCCAAGAUUUGACAGUACAUGGCCCCGUCCAUCGUCCCUUUGAUGCGGUGAAGUUGUCCUGUCCCCUUAGCAGAAAAACACCCCCAAAGCAUAAUGUUUCCACCUCCAUGUUUGACGGUGGGGAUGGUGUUCUUGGGGUCAUAGGCAGCAUUCUUCCUCCUCCAAACACGGUGAGUUGAGUUGAUGCCAAAGACCUCGAUUCUGGUCUCAUCUGACCACAACACUUUCACCCAGUUCUCUUCUGAAUCAUUCAGAUGUUCAUUGGCAAACUUCAGACGGCCCUGUAUAUGUGCUUUCUUGAGCAGGGGGACCUUGCGGGCGCUGCAGGAUUUCAGUCCUUCAUGGCGUAGUGUGUUACCAAUUGUUUUCUUGGUGACUAUGGUCCCAGCUGCCUUGAGAUCAUUGACAAGAUCCUCCCGUGUAGUUCUGGGCUGAUUCCUCACCAUUCUCAUGAUCAUUGCAACUCCACGAGGUGAGAUCUUGCAUGGAGCCCCAGGCCGAGGGAUAUUGACAGUUAUUUUGUGUUUCUUCCAUUUGCGAAUAAUCGCACCAACUGUUGUCACCUUCUCACCAAGCUGCUUGGCAAUGGUCUUGUAGCCCAUUCCAGCCUUGUGUAGGUCUACAAUCUGGUCCCUGACAUCCUUGGAGAGCUCUUUGGUCUUGGUCAUGGUGGAGAGUUUGGAAUCUGAUUGAUUGAUUGCUUCUGUGGACAGGUAUCUUUUAUACAGGUAACAAGUUGAGAUUAGGAGCACUCCCUUUAAGAGUGUGCUCCUAAUCUCAGCUCGUUACCUGUAUAAAAGACACCUGGGAGCCUGAAAUCUUUCUGAUUGAGAGGGGGUCAAAUACUUAUUUCCCUCAUUAAAAUGCAAAUAAUUUUAUAACAUUUUUGACAUGCGUUUUUCUGGAUUUUUUUGUUGUUAUUCUGUCUCUCACUGUUCAAAUAAACCUACCAUAAAAAUUAUAGACUGAUAAUUUCUUUGUCAGUGGGCAAACGUACAAAAUCAGCAGGGGAUCAAAUACUUUUUUCCCUCACUGUAUCUCAGACUGGCCAAUAAAAAGAAACAAUUAAGAUGGGCAGUCUCAGGCUUUUUCUUUGCAACUCUGCCUAGCAGGACAGCAUCCCGGAGUCGCCUCUUCACUGUUGACGUUGAGACUGGUGUUUUGCAGGUACUAUUUAAUGAAGCUGCCAGUUGAGGACCUGUGAGGUGCCUGUUUCUCAAACUAGACACUCUAAUGUAUUUGUCCUCUUGCUCAGUUGUGCACAUGGGCCUCCCACUCCUCUUUCUAUUCUGGUUAGAGCCAGUUUGCGCUGUUCUGUAAAGGGAGUAGUACACAGCCUUUUUUUUGUCUUCCUGAACUUCCUUCUAGAAUUUGACAUAUAGAAAACAACUUAAUCCCAUCCAGCUCUUAAAAAGUGAACUCUCUUAUAUCACAUAAGCCAGUCAUGCUUCACUUUCACUCACUUAUGAGUAGUGACUACUAGUACCCAUAGUCCCAUCCUCUUAUUUUUCUUAUUUUCUCAUAGUCUUAUUUUUCUGUCUUCUAGAACUUUCUUCAAUUGGGCCACUGGUGCGGAUCGUCCAGCUUCGGGCAGUCUGAUGCAGGUCACCACCACCGGAGGCGAGACACAGAUCCUACCCACACAAUAGAGGAGAGAGAGGUGGAGAGGGAGGGAGAGAGAGAGAG